AUGCAAAAUCUGCCGAAAUUUGUUCCGUGUUAUGACCAGUUUCCUAAACCACAAAAAGGUCCAUUGCCUUCAGUGGACAGUGCAAACCAGAAAAAAGCUGAAGCUCCACCACCCUCAAAGAAGCAAAAGACAGAAGGACAUAGCAUCAGUCCUAGCAAAAAAGUAGUUCAAGAGCUAAAAGAAAAAGUUACCCCCAUAAUUACUACUUCGGUUAUUUCUGCAUCAACUCCCUCCCCUGCUCUUGCCCAACCUGCUUCUAUUCUUUCACCUCAGAUUGCUACAACAGUGCCUACUAUUGCACCUCCUACAUCUCUUGACACUACUGUAUUUACUCCUGAAUCACCUAUGACUGCUGCACCCCAGACCACUAUUUCCGGCUACUGUUCCUGCACCUGCGACCGUUCCAACUGCCAUUUCCGUGCCUGCGACUGCGCCAGCUGUCGUUCCCGCGCCUGCGACCGCUGUCGUUCCCGCGCCUGCGACCGCUCCAGCUGCCAUUCCCGCGUCUGCGACCGCUCCAGCUGCCGUUCCAACGCAUGUGGCCGUUCCUGCGCCUGCGACCACUCCAGCUGCCAUUCCUGCGCCUGUGACCGCCUCAGUGGCCGCUCCAGCUGCCAUUCCCGCGACUGUGACCGCCUCAGUGGCCGCUCCAGCUGCCGUUCCCGCGUCUGUGACCGCCUCAGUGGCCGCUCCAGCUGCCGUUCCCGCGUCUGUGACCGCCUCAGUGGCGCUCGCGUCUGUGACCGCCUCACUGGCGCUCCAGCUGCGUUCCCGCCUGUAACCCGCCUCACUGGCCGCUCCAGCUGCCGUUCAGCGCCUGUGACGCCUCACUGGCGCUCCGCUGCGUUCCGCCUGCCCACCUCCUCAGUGUCCGCUCCAGCUGCCGUUCCCGCGCCUGUGACCUCCUCAGUGUCCGCUCCAGCUGCGUUCCCGCCUGUGACCUCCUCAGUGUCCGCUCCAGCUGCCCGUUCCAGCGCCUCGCCUGUGGCCGCCUCAGUGUCCGCUCCAGCUGCCGUUCCGCGCCUGUGUCCGCUCCAGCUGCCCGUUCCCGCGCCUGUGUCCUCCAGCUGCGUUCCAAUAAAGUGUCGCUCCAGCUGCGUUCCCAGCGCCUGUGUCCGCUCCAGCUGCCGUUCCCGCGCCUGUGUCCGCUCCAGCUGCCGUUCCCGCGCCUGUGUCCGCUCCAGCUGCCGUUCCCGCGCCUGUGUCCGCUGCCGUUCCCGCGCCUGUGUCCGCUGCCGUUCCCGCGCCUGUGUCCGCUCCCGCUGCCGUUCCCGCGUCAGUGGCCGCUCCAGCUGCUGUUCCUACACCCGGAGCACCUGCAUCCACUCCUGCUACUGUUCUUUCACCUGCAGCUGCUCCAGUUUCAGUUUCUACUUGUGUGGCCACACCUGCUACAGUUCCCACUCCAGUAGGCACGCUUACCGCCACUGUUUCCACACCUACCGCCACUGUUUCCACCUACCCACUUUCCCACACCUGUGGCCAUGGAAGGCUGCAGUUCCCACACCUGCCACCGUUCCCACACUUGUGACAGCUCCUGCUACCGCAGUUCCCGUACCUGUAGUGGCUCCUGCUGCUGCAGUUCCCCCACUUGCAGCCACUCCUGCUACAACAGUUCCCUCACUUGUGGCCAUUCCUACACCUGCAGCCAUGCCUGCUACCGUUCCAGCCCCUGUGGCUACUCCUGCUACUGUACCAACUCCUGUGGCUACAUCUGCAACUGUUACCUCUACUGCACCUAUGCUUACUCUAGCAUCUGCUCCUACUCCUGUAUCUACUUUAGCACCAGCUCUUAUUCCAUCUCUGUCACCUGCUCCAUCUGCACUUACUAUUUCUACUGUAGCACCCGUGUCUUCUGUUUCUUCUCUAACCCCAGCACCUACUCCUGCUCCAGCACCUAUUCCUUCUACUAUUGUCUCUGAUCCCACUCCUGCGACUACACCUGCUCUUACUCAAGAGUCUGCUCCUGCUCUUGCACCAGCGACUACUCUUAUGUCGACUCCUGCACUUCCCGAACUUACUCUUGGACCUAAAGUUUCUUCUGCUACUCCUAUUCCUAUACUUGCUCCCACACCUGCUCCUCUUACUACUACUACUACUACUACUGCUGCUGCAACUUCAGUAGACGAAAAGGCAGAUAUCCAGGGUGAUCAGGAUAAACAACCAGUGCUUGAAAAACCAGAACCUAUAUCUGUUGAGAAUAAAUCUGAUGAACCUCCAGUUCUUACUCCAGAAAAGGUUAGUCCUUCUGAACCAAUAGAGAUCCCAAACCAGAAGCAGGCUGAUGCUUCUGAUACACUGAAUCCAUUAAUAGCUGGAGUUCUUGAUGCCUAUCAACGUUACAAAGAUAAAAAUCAACCUCUUCUAGAGAUGAAUGAGGAUGUUGAAAAACAGAAGGUUGAUGAUACAACAGCAGCAACAAAUCCUGCUACUGAAGAAGCACCAAUGGCCAAAAGUGACAGUGUUGAGAUUAAAGAGGAUAAGGAAGGAGGUGUUUCUGUAGAAUCGGAUGAUAAACACAAAAGUAUGAAUGAAGAUGACUUAGAUGAUGAUCCAGAGCGGUAUGAGCUAAGAAAUCGGCUUCGCUGUCCUGAUUGUGGCCUAGAGCUUACCAACAUGAGUAAGCUUGCACAGCACAUGUCUAAACACUUGGCUGAUGCUAAAGGUCACUUUGUCUGUCCAAUCUGUCAAAAGGAGACUCGCCUUGAAACCUUUUCAGAGCUCAUUCUUCACUUGAGAGAUCCCCAUUUCCUCAAAGAUAAACAGCUGCUCCCUAUGUGGCGAAAUUUGAUGAAAAACUGUUGGGUUGAUGAGAAAGAUAUGUCAGCUACUUUCCCUGUAAUUGAAGCAGUCAAACGUUCUGAACGCAGCAAGGACAAUGAGUUGCCUGAAAAGAACUAUAAGUGUCCCUACUGUAAAAAAAAACCUAAAAUUCUACGUUACUUUUCUGGAUUGAUUGGACACUUGCGGUCAGAACAUGGGUUGAAGCGAUGCCAAUUGCAGAAGAUGCAAGCCAAACUCCGCAAGACAUCGGUAGUUGAAGUGAAACAUAAAAAGAUCAAAAAGAAAUGUAUGCUGUUUAAGUGCUCUUUCUGCUUUAAGACAUUUACCAAGAAAAGUUCUAUCAAGGUUCAUGUCAAGUCAUGCCGAAAGCGAACAGAGAGUACAGUGAAAGAUAGCACCUCAAAAAAACGCAGAGGACGUCCUAAAACUUUCACCAAAAUUGUGGCUUUCAAGACUGUUGGUGAGAAGAAAUCUAUCAGUGACAAUUCUAUUUCAAUGUCAACAGCAGGCGGUGAGGUAUCUAGUGAACAUUCUGAGCAUACACCUCUUGCCACUUCAUCAGCUGGCGACCAGUCAACCAGCAUGAGUACUGCUGUUAAUACUCCAAGGCUGGCAAGUGGAUCCUUUAACACUUCAAAUAAAGAUGGCAACUCUGAUCAGAAUUACUCGUUCACUACCAACAUGAUCCAACCUGUCAAGCUUGAAACAUUUUGGGUGUCAAAAGCACCUGGCAAGCCAUCAGAAUGUAUCAAGUCUACGGUCACCAACUUGGAGAAGUUGCGCACGACCCCAAGCAAAAUGUUCAAAUCAUCAGAGCUUGCAAAGAUUGGUAACUUUCAGUGUUACUCUUGCAAUCGCUAUUACUCAUUCCGGCAGCAUUUUGAGAGGCAUGUCCAGUUGUGCAACCACAAUCGCAAGAUUGAGGAGAUCUCUGACUUCCAAACACUUCGAUGCUUGGAAUGUAACCAGUCAUUUUCCUACUUGCAGCACCUGAAGCGCCAUGCUGCUAAGCAUCUUGGGCUUGAUCGAUUCAAGUGUAAACUUUGCAAUUAUUCCAGCUACUAUUGGUCUGACACAAAGUACCACCUGACCUCCCACAAGGGGGUCAACCUGAAACAUCCAGAGUACUAUAUUCUCAAUGUGAGUUCUGAUUGUGUUGCCUUGAAAUCUGAUAACACCAAUGAGUGGGAAAGGUCACCAGCUAAGACCUGGGAUACUCCACGGACUGUCCUGAAAAGAGUGGCUGAAUCACCUUCAUUAGUUUCCACUGGUAGCAGUAGCAGUGGCUCUGGUGUUGUAAAGACACUUGUUUUGACUGAACAAGAUGGCAUGCUAAAAGUAGUUAGUGAUCCAAAUCAAAUUGCCAAGAUGGUUAAUCAGCAAGGGUCUCCACCAUUGAAAAGGCUCAGAAUUUCAGCGGAUGCCAGCCAGGCUCCAGCCAUCAUAAAAGCCUUACCUGACAUUCAGAAGGCGGUGUUAUCUCCUGGCCUGAAGAUUGAGAAAAGAGAAUCAACUCUCAUGACCAAGAACCUUCCUUCACCCACACUUAGUGACCCAACUCCAACUAGUGAGGUAUUUGAGCCUGCUGUUGACCCUGACAAGCAGCACAUAUCUUGGGUGCGCAAACCCCUAAAGGAUCCCGAUGCACUUCCCUUCAAAUGGGAUGAUGAUGAUGAAGCGGAUGGUGAGGCUAUAGAAAAUAAUAGCAGUAUUUCUGUUAGCAUUGCCUCUACCCCCACUAGUACCACAUCCACUACUACCUCCUCUACCCCCACUAGCACAGCUGCCACCAAUAUCACUGUACAGAGUAGUUCUGUUGAAAAUGAAAAAUUGAGAGAAAACAGUCUGGCAUCUGGUGUAAGCUCAAAGACAACAUCAAUAUCUGAAACUGAAAGCAAAUCCACCAGCCUGGCUGAUAAACCGGUGCCUGAAAAUUUCUCUGAGCCGCCCAUAUUAACAAAGGAAGUUUCAAUUGUGAAGAGUUCUCUUGGCAAAGAGAAGGAUGAUCUCCAAAUGCCACGAAUCUCUGCUUCUGAUGUUACUGUUCCAGACACCUCCACAUCACAAGAAUCUGUAGUGACAUUCAUGCUUAAUGAGAAUAAUGAGCUUUUGCUCAUUUCACCUGAAGGCAGUGGUGGCAGCAGCAGCAGCAGUGGUGGUGGUGGUGGUAGUGCCCACAGCAGUAGUCAGCAUGUAGUGGUUUCCAACAAAGACUUUUUUAGCGUCUCUCACCCAUCGUCCUCCAGCCCCUCUUCCACCUCUACUUCCACUACUAUGUCACCAUUUGGGUCUUCAGUCUCAUCAGCAAAAGUGAUGAACAAGCCAAAAACCUACUGGGACCUUCAGCAUAAGAAUACUCUCCGGCGUCUGCCAAACCGCGGUCUCGUGUCUACAUCAAAUUUGUCAUUCCCGUCAGCAUCACGCCGAGUGACCAAAUCUCCAAAUGCACCCCCUAUCAUGCCCACAGUGACAUCAUCAACUUCCACUUCCUUGCAAACUUCUACGGUUGCUUCAUCAUCAUCGAGUUCUUCUACUGGAACUAGUGAAAAGUAA